ACAUACAAUCCAAUACAAGAAAUCAUUGCAAAUGGCGUGUAUUGCGAAAGUAGGAGGUAGUAGCAGGAUCCGCCCCACUCAGGGUUCGUUUCCGGAAUUCAAGAAAGGAGUCGGGGAUAGUCAUCGCCAAGCACAGGAGGUGGCGGGACGCAAGGCCGGCGUCGUUGACUUCCCUAAGCUUUUCGUGGAAAGACCUGCGGCAGCUGAGACAUGCAGAGAGAGAUCGCUCUCCUUUGAAUCCAAGACAAAGCACCUCAACUUCGCGCAGAGAAUCGCGGACAAGGUGAUCACUGUCGUGGAGAAGGGUUUGGAGAAUCUGCAUUGGGGAGAACAUGAGCCCCUGCCAUCCACAGUAGAUCCUCAUGUGCAAUUGGAAGGCAACUUCUCCCCAGUCGAUGAAUCCCCGGCGCGGCACAAUUUGAAGGUAGAAGGCAAUCUCCCAGAUUGUUUGGAAGGCGUGUAUGUGCGCAACGGACCCAACCCCCAGAUUUUUCCAACAGGUCGUCACCAUCUGUUUGAUGGCGAUGGCAUGUUGCAUGCUGUGAGCUUCAAUCAAGGGUUGGUCAGCUACGCCUGCCGGUACACGCGCACAUAUCGGUUCAUGGAGGAGGAGAAGCAUGGGCGAGCAUUCUUUCCGAAGCCAAUUGGAGAGCUGCACGGAUAUGGCGGUGUGGCGAGGUUGAUGGUGUACUGGGCUCGGUCCCUGUUUGGAAUAUUGGAUGCAUCGCAAGGGAUGGGAAUGGCAAAUGCAGGGCUAGUGUACUUCAACAAGCGGUUGCUCGCGAUUUCCGAGGAUGACCUUCCCGUCGAAGUGCGCAUCACGGAAGACAAUGACAUAGUGACGGUGGGACGGUACGAUUUCCAUGGGCAGCUCACACAUUCCAUGAUCGCGCACCCCAAGAUUGAUCCACACACAGGAGAGCUCUUUAGCCUUAGUUACAACGUAUUGUCGGCGCCGUACUUGAAAUACUUGAUAUUCUCAGCGGAUGGCGAAAAGAAGGCCGAGGUACCAGUUACAUUAGACGAGGCAGCCAUGACGCAUGAUUUUGCAAUCACGGAGAACUUUGUGGUAAUCCCCGACCAAGAGAUAGUUUUCCGUCUGAAAGAGAUGCUGACGGGCGGUUCGCCUGUUGUUCUAGACCCGAAGAAGACCCCUCGGUUUGGCGUGAUGCCCAAGUACUCAACCUCGGAGGAGGAGUUACAGUGGAUUGACGUGCCUGGCUGUUUUUUCUUUCACUUGUAUAACGCGUGGGAGGACGGCGACGAGGUGGUUGUCAUUGGCUCGUCCAUGACUCCCGCCGACAUCAUUUUCAAGACUUCGGAGGUUCCGCGCGCUAUUUUGACCGAGGUGCGGCUCAACCGCCGCAUGGCGACCUCCACGAAACGCGAGCUCGCUGACUUGAACUUAGAAGUGGGGAAAAUGAAUCCCCAAUUCGUUGGCGUAAAGACCCAAUUCAUAUACCUCGCCAUUGUUGAACCAUGGCCGAAGGUGUCGGGUAUUGCCAAGGUGGAUUUGCAAUCGGGUCAGGUGGUGGCUCGCCAUGACUACGGCACGGAUCGUUACGGUGGUGAGCCCGUGUUCGUACCACGGACCUCGGAUUCUAACGCCGCUGAAGAUGAUGGAUUUUUGCUUGCGUUUUGCCACAAUGAAGCCUCUGGAGAAUCGGAGCUGCUCGUUCUCGAUGCAGCCACCCCCUCGCUGGAGCCAGUGGCGUCAGUCAAGCUGCCCUCCCGAGUCCCCUAUGGAUUCCAUGGAGCGUUCAUCCCUGCGGCUGAUUUGUUGCACUAAAAUUUUUUGUAACUCUUUUUUGUGCGUUCGUUGUAUUGCUUGAGGACUGGUUCUGGAUUUUCAUCCUUUUGUGCAUAUUUUAGGUUUUUUUCAGUCUUCGCUUGUACAUUACCCGAUACAAAGCAGGAACCUUACAAGUUUGUGUAUCUUCCCUUCCCUGUGUUCCAUCCUCAUGAGCCUGUGCUCGUCCAUUUGAGGUCCCACUCACCUCGUCGCUGGGGCAAGCCUAUCUUCCAAGAUAGCUUUGUGCUGUUUUUUAUGGACGGCGCUUGCAUGAGAAUGUUUUCUGGGAUCCGCAGACCUAGUGAAAAUGCAACAACCAAAUGUAGCAACUCAUUAUUCAGCAUUUAUAAAAAUUCAAUUUUUUUGCGCUGCCA